AUGUCCAGUGAUGGUUCUAUUGUCGGUCAUCCUCGAUUUCAUGAUCUCACAAAAUUACUCGACAAAGCAGUCUCCAAACUUCUGCUCCGGCCCACUCCAUCAGAUGUCACAUUAGACUCUAUCUGUGUGCUUCUUCUCUAUGCCCAGUGGAUGCCAUGCAGCAAAGAAGAUGAUGAAGACGAGAAUGAUGAGCGCCAAAGUACAUAUCACGAACCUAAGGCCAAAAGUCGAUACAACGAGAUCAGUGCUUGGGUUGUUUUAGGACUAGCAGAACGAUACUCUGUCUUACUAGGCCUCGAACAAUCAGCCACAUCACUUUUCAAACAUCCCAACAAGGUACCAACCAUAGAGGAUGUGAAAAGGCUACGAGUGUGGUACAACUUGCUCACUUGCAACUUCAACCUUAUGCUAACAUCAGGUCUACCUGCAUCAAUUGAUCCUGGUCCAUCGGUUCAGGUAGCGUGUAGGUUUGUCUCUCAUGAGUUGAUGCAGUCCCCUGCGGAUCUUCGAGUAAGGGGGCUUGUGGAACUUGUCGGGAUAGUCCACCUUGCUAUGUCUAGUUCUGGGGAUAAAUCUGGCCGCCAAUUGCAACCGAGUUGCUUGGAACGGUUGAACAGUGAUUUAGAUGAUUGGGAGAAGUAG